CUCUGAUGUCCACAUACUGAUAUCUGUGGAACCUAAAGUGAAACCAAACACACUGAGGAGAGAUGGGCUGCCUCUGAUCCAUGUGAGGUGAUCCAACUGGAAACCAGCGUGAGGAGGUUUUCUGAGGAGGGCAGGAUGGAAAACAUCUCGUCACACAAAUAUUUCAUCCUGGAUGGCUUCAGUGAACUGGGAGCCCUGAGGCCCGUCCUCUUCGUCCCGUUCUUCAUCAUGUUGGUUGUGUCACUGUUGGCCAACUUCUUGCUGCUGUACGUGGUCAUUUCUCAGAAAAGCCUCCACUCACCAAUGCACAUCCUCAUUGCUGGCAUGGCAUGUGUGGAACUGAGUCUGCCGCUGUUCACCAUCCCCAACAUGCUGCUGAGUUUCCUGUUUAACUGGAGAGGAAUCUCUCUGAUUGGCUGCCUAGUUCAGAUGCACUUUGUUCACUUUGUAGCAACUUUUCAGUCCACGUUUCUGGUAUGGAUGGCACUGGACAGAUAUUUUGCCAUCUGCACACCACUUUACUACCAUGAGUGCAUGGCGUUACCAAGAUUCCUCAAGUUUAUCGUCCCACUUGUGAUCAGAAACUUCGUUCUGGUCACAGUUCUUGUGAUUCUGGCAGGGAAGUUAUCAUUCUGUGCUGAAAAUGUGAUGAAGCACUGUUUCUGUGAGCACAUGGCACUAGUGGAGCUGGGCUGUGGAAGCACUGCCAUCAACAGCCUGAUUGGUCUACUGACCGUGUUCCUCAUCCUUGUAGCUGAUUUCAUCUUUGUCACUGCUUCCUAUGUUUUCAUAUUCAGCUCCUUGCUCAAGUCCAACAAGUCGGGUGUCAAAGCUCUUCACACCUGCACCACACACAUUGUGGUCAUGAUCAUGGGCCUGUCCAUUGCACUGGUUGCUUUCCUGUCAUAUCGGAUCAGAAAUGAUCUUCCAGACGACGUUCGGGUUUUCUCCAGUACCAUGUACCUGCUGUUCCCGAGCUGCUUCAACCCGAUCAUCUACGGCAUCAGAACCGCCGAGAUCAGACGGCACAUCCUGAAGAUCUGCUGUCGCUUUGUCCGAACUGUUCCCCAUUCUUAA